CAGCGCGGCUCAGCCCAGUCGCCAUGAUUGUUGUGCAGAUGUUUUCAGAGAGCUUUCACACUAAGCUAACUGCCUGAAGCUCUGCACUUAAACCAGUCUCAAUGCACUCAUCGACGUUGUAGCGAUACAAGAGUCUCCAAGAUAGCAUUCAGUCUUGGGUUAUGGCGACCAGUGCCGGGGAUGAUGAGUUUGAUGAAUAUGAUAAGCCUGGUGCUGAAAGGUCAAGAAGAAGGAGAGGAGAAGAUGAUGACUUGGAAAGUGAUUUGGAGGAGGGAGACUUACUUGAAGAAGAUUGGCUGUCAUCAAAAAAGAACCCCUCAGAGCUGUCAGAUGAGGAGCUAAAUGAUGACCUGUUACAAAGUGAUGAAGAAGACCAAAAUGCAAGUGGUCAGGGUGACGUUGUGAGUUUAAAUGCCACACUGGGUCUGGGCACAUCUGGUCACCUUCAAGAUGAAGACCCUGACAGAGGUGGAUACACUCUAUACACCUAUGAAGAGACAGAGGGGGGCCAGCCGGGUUUCUCUCAGGGUGAGGAGUGUGAGGGAGAUGAGUACCAAGGAGAAGAUGAAGAGGUAGAAUACACAGGAGACCAGAAUUGUGAUGAAUAUCAAGAUGAAGUGUUGGACCUACAGAUCGACGAGCCACUGGAUGAUGAUUUUCAAGUGGAUGAAUACCCGACUGAGUAUAGUGAAGAGCAGACUGACCAUCAAGAAGUGCCUGAGGAGGAGGAAACUGAGGAGCAAGACGGCUCUCAGGUCAAAGAAUUAGAGGAGGUGGAGAAUGAAAACGAUCCAGAAGCUGAGGCUGAGCUGGAGACUGAUGUAAAAGAGGAGUCUGAUGAGGAAGAGGAAGAUGUUGAAGAAUCCGGCCGUCUGCGAUUUAAGACAGAGCGCAAAGAUGACACAGUGGUCAGACUCUCUGAAGCCACCAGUAAAAGAAGGAACAUCCCAGAUACAUUAGAGCUCUCUGAUGAAGCUAAAGCAGACCUGCGGGAGUUUGAGGAAAGGGAACGUCAGAGGAAGCAGGGCCGUUUUGGAGGACGAGGAAGAGGAGCAGAUGGAGGGAGGGGAGGAAUGGCAGGUAGAGGUGGGAUCAGGGGAAGGGGAGGACGAGGAGGACGAGGAGUCAGUGGAAGAGGUGAUUUCCCUCUGUUUGGACUGGGAGCUUUCCGUGGUGAUGGAGUUGGAGGUCGAGGGAGAAUAAAUGAGCAGAGGCCUCCGCUGAUGCAAGUGAACUUGGGAAUGCAGCAGCAACUCAGAAUGACUCCUCCACUUCAGCAUCACCACCACCAUCAGUCUCGUCUGCCUGGUCCGAGGGACAGUGGAGGUCCUGGGCUAUUCCCGGACCCGGGCACCCCAAUUCCUCAGCAGCCACUGCAGCUGUUGAUGCCACGUCUGGCCCACCAUUCCCCGGGGCCCAGAACACAACAUGACACGCAUGUACCUCGCUCGUUGAACUCACCGCUGCGGCACUCACAUGCACAUCCCAACCAACACCAGCAGCAUCAACAGAAUCACCCCAAGAACAUUCACAUCAACCCUCACUUCAGAGGACCCUCCUCCUCACCUGUACAAGUUCCCUCAAUGCCUCCUGUGCAGAACCAACCGAGGCCUAACAUCGGUCCACAGAGACCCCCGGCUCCUCCUGAUUUCCAGCAGCAUCUCCAAGGGAAUUUUGGCCCAUCUCAGCGGCCUCUACCCCCCCAGGAGCAGUGGAGAGGACCACCGCCACAUCAUCAGGAUCCAGAGCACUUCUUCCCUGGUGAACCACGUUUUUCGGGCCAGCACAUGUUUGACCAGCCAGGCCCUGCCCCCCUCAUGAAUAACAGUGUCUUUCCGUUAUCGGGGCAAGGUCCUCCAUCUUUCCCCCCACAAGGGGGACUCGGAAGUCCUGGCUUUGGCUCUCUGGGGCUUGGGCAGAACCAAGGGCCUCAAGGAGGAGGUAUUUUCCAGAGAGAGCCCCCUCGGCCAGGUUUGGCCCCGCAGCAUGGAGGCCCUCCAUGCCCCCCUGGUCCCCGUGGCUUUGUGGGUCACAGACAGCACUUCUCGCCCCAACAGCAGGGACCCUCCUUUAGCCCCCAGCACAUGCAGUUUGGUAUGCAGGUACGCCAGAGAGGUUUAAUGCAGCUGCCCCUGCACCAUGAUCUGCCACUAUCCCAUCAAUCCUUGCACCAGCAGCACAGACAGGACAUGCCCCUCCAGGGUCUGUCUCACUCCCAGCCUCCACCCCAACACCAACAGCACCAUCAACACCACCCAAGGGACCAACAUCCCAUGGUGCAUCUCUCUCAGCCCCACUUCCGCCAGUUGGUUCAAAGUGGCCAUAGACAGAUGCAGUCCCGACCACAGGGCAACCAGCAACGAAACAACCAGGCCAGACCUAAAAUGACGCCGCCGCCUCCACUGCAGCAGAUUCCUUCUCAACGCAACAGCAAUCUCCGUGAGCUGCCCAUCGCCACAAGCAACAAUAACCGCCCGCCAGUGCCUAGUGGGCAAGCAAAGCCUGUUACCUGGGCAACACAGAAUGUUAGGCAAGGGCAGGCUGCUCGUGCUGGACCGGCAGGAAGGGGAGGAUCUGUGGCACAAGGGCAGGGAGCUGCCAAAACACCAGAGCAGCCCAGUGUGCCUGAGAUGAAGAAAGAGUGUCCAGCUGCACAGUCAAGCACCACUCCAGAGGACCCAGAUGAAGAUGAGGAGACACGUCAGUACAGACUGAAACUCGAGGAACAGAAGCGUCUGCGAGAAGAGAUCCUCAAGCGCAAAGAGCAGCGCAGACAGAUGCAGGCUGGUAUGCGCAAAAAAGAACUGAUGGAACGGAUAAGCGGCCAGAACCCAAACCAGACUCCACAAACUCCGAACCCCACACAGUACCCUGCAGCCCAGCCCCCAGCGCCGGUCCCUUCACUGAUCUCUAAUGGUACCCCCCAGAACCCUUCGUCAGGUCUAAGUUCCCCUCGUCCAAAUGUGAAGGCCCGGCUGCAGAACACUAAUCCUCAGGCACAGACUUCAGGCUGGUCUGGGCCGCAGAAGCAACAGAACGCUGGUCCUGAAGCCAGCCAGCAGGGCCAAUGGCAACCACAGCAAAAGAGGACCAUGACCCCACAAAACACUCAAAGACAAGGUGCUGCUCAGACCAGCCCAUCAGAAGGGGCAGUGGGUCAGCCUCAGCCUGGAGGAAAGAGAACAGUGAUGCAAAGAACAAACAGCAUAGAAUCACCACAGGUCCCACAGAAAGUGCGAGUAGUUAAGCUUCAGGGAGAGCAGGCAGAUGCCGGUCCCAACACUGGUCCCCCACAGCAGCAGCAGCAACAACCAAUUGGUCGGCCUGCCCCCCAACAGAGACUUGGUCCCAUCAGGAAAGUUACCAUGGCAACUGGUGGUGUACAAAAUCAGCAACAGGCUGGCCGUGGCAUGGCAAACCAAAUGAACCGGGUGGUAGUUCGGGGUCGAGCACGUGGCCGUGGUGGGGGGCGUGUGAUGAUGCAGCAGAACCCAAGAGCUCAGGACUGUCAGCGAAGCACUGUCUGCAUCGAAGGUUUAUCUUCCACCACAACCAACAAACAGCUCAUGAACCUUCUCAACUCCAUUGGCCCUGUUGAGAUGUUUACAAUUUUGCCAGAGCAGCGGAAGGCCAUUGCCAAGUUUGUGAACCCACAGCAUGCAGUGAGUUUUCAGCACAGCUUUCACAGGCACAUGAUAGAUUUGUCUCACAUCGAUGUUUCCGUUAUUGAUGGCUGAGGAACAAGUCAGUUCAACAGACAAGACGACAAGAAGAGAGCAAGAAGAGAACGUCUUUUUCUGAAAGACAGACGCACAAUCAGGAGGCUAAAGCAUUGGAAUCUGUGGAGAGUGCUGUCGACAAACACAAGCCACAUGCAUGAAGGAAUCUAAAUCAUGCUGGAGAUGGCACAGCAUUGAACUCAUGAUGUGAAUGACUUUGGCAUGAAGUCUCACUCUUGCUUCUGUACUUUCAUUUAUAUAUGGAGUAAUCAGUAAUGGUCUAAACCAGCAGGUGAAAAGAGAGACAGACUUAUGAAAACCAAGUUGCCAGUUGAUAAUAGUUGCUCCCAUCCUCUAGCUCUCAACAUAAUUAGAACAAAUAUUUUGAAUGGCUGUAUUUAGGCAAAUAGGAAACAUGGAAAUGGGGGUGGGUGUUUUUUUUUCGGUUUUUUUUUUUUGUGGAAUUUCCACAGUCAUUGAGGGGUGGUUUGGCCUGAUUGAAUAAUAAUGUGUAUGCUGCAGUUGUUUUUGUCACCUGUAGAGGGCAGCAGAUGCCUUCAGUAUGUUGGGGUAUAUCGGCGUGUAAAGCACUGCUUGCUAGAGAUGUUGAAGUGCUGGUAUGGAAACUCAGGGGCAUGUUUGGGUUGAGCAUUUUUUUCUAGUUGUGUAUUUUUUGGAAGCCACUGUGAUAUUGCAGCUGUCUCUUUUUUUGUGCAUUUUUCAUGAUCUCAAGUUUAUUCAUCAUCCCUUUCACCAUUGUAAUUGUAUUGCAGUUGGGGUUUGUUCUGCAGAGCUGGAGUGGUGGUUCAUGACGUGUGUCUUUGUAACCUAAAGACAGCUAAAAAAUACGAUUUGACAAUAAAUGGCUUUUAUACUUUGAUUUUAAGUUUUGGUGCUGGAAUUGCGUAUUUAGAUUAUUUAAAUUGUUGUUAAAAAAUGGCUUCUAAGCAAAUAUUAAAGGCAACCAGAAAGUCUCCCCCUUUAGUAAUACUACUUUUUAAUGCGUUUAGUUUUCUUUCCUCAGAGUUCAACAAGUAUUGUGCGUGAAAGAGGAUUGCUGAAUCAUGGAUUUUAUUGCUGAAGCUCUGUUUGCUUGGCUAGAGCUCUAGAUGCGUUUGUGAAUUGUGAAGAGGUCAGAACUAUCCUGUUUACAACAACAGCUUGGUCAUUUGUUUGUGAAGAAAGGUAUUUUGGACUAUUUGUAAUUAUAUUCUUAUAGCUUUGGCUCAGUUCAUUGUUUUGAAGUUGGUCAGAUGGGAAUCCAGAUCAGCAAAAUCAGCUGUCAAGUAGCCUUCUAAAAUAGUUAUUUCUAUUUUCCACUUUAUUUUCCCAUUUAUUUUAUAAGUUGUUACCCAAGCUUUAGAUUUUUGGAAGAAGAUUUUUUUUUUAAAAAACACAAAUCCCAUACAUUUCUUCAGUCAAUAUAUUACACUGCUUUAGUCAUGAGUAUUUCACUCCUCAAAUUGUUGUUAUAUCAUCAUUAUUAAUUAUAUUAAUAAUAAUAAUAGUCCGUCAGUACUGUGCAAGCAUAGUGCUUGGUUAUGUCUAACUGUACAGCUUAACCUAAACUCACUUUAUGGCCCCAGAAAUGAUCUUAGAUCUAGUGCAUUACAGUGUUCAUAUUUGUGACUGUAUUGUUAAUCCAACCGCUUUACAUUAUACGCUACUUGUGUAGCACAGACAAAGUCUUGUGAUAGUACCUUAAAUAUCUUCGUUCUAGAUAGUAUAACAAAAUCUAAUCAAAAAUUAUGUUUGAGCCAUUUCAAUAAAAAUCAAAUAUGUCUGUAGAUAUUAACACAUCCAGGUCUGCAAUUUCAAAGGAUUUGGGAGCAACUGUUAUCAGUGGUAACUUUCUUGUAUAUAAUGAAAAAAAUAUGUGUAUGAAGCUGUCAAGUUUGUUUGUUUUCUCAUCCUGAAAUAUUUCCGUGUUUGAAAACACCUAACUAGUACGUGACUGCUGAAUUUCUUUUCUCAGUUUGUUUUUAUAUAUACGUAGAAAAAGUAUUCCUUGGUCAUUUUACAACAGUUUUGUUAUUGGAGAACUUAGAGCUUAUUAUUUGAGGAUAUUUUAAAGAUGAAAAAUAAAAGAUGGUCACAUAUAUACCAUGUAAAUACGGGUAUGUGAAGCCAACUGUCUUUAUCACCAUUAACUGUUGUCUGAUGUUGUUUUGUGUUUGAAGAUUCCCUCUUGCAUGUGUUUUAUUAUUCUGAACACAACAUACUCGUUUCCUCCUGAAUGUCUCUCUGUUGCCAGCAAUAGAAAGUGAUUUUAGGGGAAAAGAUAGUUUCCAAUUAAGUUGCAACAAUUUCUCUCAAAUCAGGUGAACUGAAACAUCUGAGGUUUUUUGUGUGUUAUGAUUUUAAUGCUCACUGUGUCCAAGAGUUUGGGGCCAUUAUGUCCAUCAAGUUCAUUUGUAAAGCUACCUCUUGGUUUAAGAUGCACUUGUAAUUUCCUGAUAUACCAUCAUCUUUUAUAAUAUAGUAGUUGGGAAUGAUUAAUCACAGUACUUUAUUUGUCUGUGUUUGUGUUCAUUUACACCAUGAGUUUCUAGGAAUCACAGAAAUACAUAUAAUGGGUAAGAUUAUGAAUAAUCUUGUAAAAUAUAUAUGAAUCCACUUAAAGCUUUUUUUAAAAUGUUGUUUUGUAAACUUUGAGUUUUAUAGACAUGUUUUGUUUAAAAUUGGUAUAGGACACAGUUUUUUUGUUUUUCAGUUGCAUAUGCACACGUUUAUUUAUUUAUUGGUUUGAAUGUAUUUAUGUAAACCAAGUUAAUCCUAUGGAUUUAAAAGGUUUCAUCUAGUCUGAGACUUUUAAAAAUAUAUAUUUCUAAGUAUAAAUCUUUUAAGACAUAAUAUUUAUAAACCGUCUUAUAAGAGAGAAAACCUGAUUCAUAUUGAAUCUUUUAGUAACUUCAUUGUAAGUGUAGAUUAACUUUGGGGAAACUGUUUAUUUCCGAACUGUAAUCACACAUGUGAUAAGAUUUUAGAGACUGAAUAAUUGGUCUCUUUUUGGCAAAGCUGUGAGGUAUUAUGUUAUAGAAUCAAGAGUAGGCUAAAGGUUUACUUUUUUUUGUUGGAUCUUGUUUUCUUUCUUUAUUUCUGUCAAUUGCAAGUGGCUGGUACACUCCCAGUGUUUUAUUUUUACCACGGAUCCUGCUGCAGUUGAGCAACUGGCCAAUUUAUAAAAAUACCAGUAUUGCCUAUUGCCUCAAAAUUAGAGCUAUUAGAUUACUUUUAUUUCUUAUGAUAGUAGUCAACUCAAAUCCAGAGAUGUGGCAUUUUUUCCCUAUAAAUACAGGGGGGGGAAAUGUUGACACUUGUAAAUUCUGGUGCUUGUUCUGUAUAAUCAUUUAGCCUCUUUUUACUCACCAUUUUAAGCUUCAUACGUAAUACACUGCUUCCUGUUGGCAGCAGUGUGAUUAUUUGUAACUUGUAAUUAAACCAUUUUUUCUCUUUUCCAGGACAGAGCUUCCAGGAGCACAGAAAGGAGGGUUUUUCAUAAAUCAAAUGUUCUGCACUCUUUUUCAUUGUAAGAUGGCAUUGGUUUUCAAAAGGACUGUUUAGAAAUGUUCCGAAGCUCUACAGACUUCAGUUUUUUUGUGUGUGUGUGUUUUAGUAGCAGAUUGCUUGAGGUAAUAGCUAUGUAGCUGUUUUCUACAUUAGUGUUGGGGUCAUUCUGUGGCAUGAUUGAGAGUUGAGAGAUUGUGAUCAUAGCGCAUGUACGUUAAAACAACUGUAACCUGAGGAGAUUGUGUUUUGAGAAUAGUCAUACAUAUUCACACAAGCAAACAACCAUUGCUGGUAUCAUUAAUAACUAGGACAGGUUGGUGCCAUAAAAUAAUAUUACAUAUAUUAAAAAUAUACUAAAAAUGGGAGAUUGAUUGAAACCUUAGCUGCUUAGUUUUUGUGCUUUUUAUGUUAGAUUUGUGCCCGGUGUAUUAGCUUAGUGUAAUGAUGAAUAAAGGGAGAAGCGUUCAUACCUCAUACAUUCCCAGAUCUAUCCAGCUGCACUCUUCCUAAAUAUUGGUCCUGGAGUAUCCCAGAACUGCACAUUUGCACACUAGAUGUGUCAAAACAAGGAGACCCGUGCACUUAAACGUGCAGUACUGGGGUCCUUCAAAAGUUGGAUUGAGAACCAACAGCCUAGUGUACUGAAACAUGUUCUGUGUAGAUUCUGACGUUUAGCUUUAUGCUUCGGUGGUAGUGAAACUAAAGAAACUAAGAUUCCUCAGUUAAUUCCAGUGACGCUCUACACUCCAUGAAAGGGGCAGUGCUUUUGAAAACCACUGCAUAUUCAAAUCAGAAGACGACUGAAAUAUGAAACCGAUAUGAAAAACCCUCCUUUUGGUUUCAGUUCCAAAUAAUGUUGUGUCUGUCUACAGUAGAGCUGCCUCCAGAUGAUGCUAAUCUGUCUUCAUUUUUCAACAGGUGCUCUUCAGUUUAAGUGGUGCCAGAUACCCCUUCUCUCAUGUUUUUCUCUCGCUCUUUCCUUGUCUUUUCUUUUCAUUUCUUUUCGUUCUCCCUCUCUCUCUCUCUCUCUUUCACUCGGUCUUUCUUUGCUCUUUGUGGCUGGAUGGGAAAGCAGUUGUUGAUCUCAAUGUGGUGUUUGUGUGAACAUAAUCCUUCUGUAUUAAAGCAGGGGGACCUUGCUUCUGGAUUUCCUUUCUGUAUUAGCCCACGUCCGUGGAAGUUUUGCGUCUCUGGGACCACACCCUACUGAGUUCCAAAGUUCAAAAACUUGCACAAAGCCCAAGAAUGAUCUGUACACUCUUGCCAGCUUAUACACACGUUGUGUUGUUGGAUGAAAAGAAAACGUUACUUGGAAAUCAUUAUUGUAUGGGGGGAAGUGAUUUAUGCUGUUUUGAUCGCUGUUUUGUUGUCCCUCAAUCUUGUAUUAAUGAAACUGUUUUGAUGUGUCUGAAAUGUGUACACCAGACUGUCCUACAUGUUGAAUUAGGAAGAAUAUAAAUGGUGUUUGUUUAGUAGCCUUUCAUGGAGCUUGUCAAAUGAAAACCGAUAAUAUGCCUUGACUGUACUUGUUAUGAAUAAUUACUUGAAAUAAAUCCUUUUAUUUUUCCUGGAUUUUA